CUGAGAGUAAUCUAUCAAAUUCGUUAAUAAAUUACGUCACAUCUACACAGUCAUCUGUAGAAGCGUGCUUCUACUACGAAUAAUUAAGAACAAUAACAAAACAGAACUUCGCCUUGAGAAGACCAACUAUCAAUUACAAGACAACUACGAUAUUAGAGUGGCCACAGAUAUCGUUGAUAGAAUGAAAAAUAUACGACAAGGAAGACAAAGAGGAGCAGAGUCUAGGAAUAACAAACUUCGUCGUCUCUUCGUGUGCCCCCUUCCACGUGCGGUCCAGAGAGGAUCAGAGGAGCGACGAGUAAUCUAAGAAAGGAGGGAACGAAAACACCGAGGGAUGGACGAAAGAGGGAAAAGCGAGGUGAAAUGACGGAUUCAAAGGAGCAAGCAGAGCAGAAGGGAGAGGAGGUGAAGAGAGCAAGAACAAGAUGGAGAAAGAGAAAGAGAGAGAGCGAGGUGAGGCAAGGCGAGCCGGUGAUCGUAGUGGGAUCGACAAAGCUACCUGGUUCCACGACGGCCACUUUCGACGGCAGUAACCACGAAGACGCCAUGACGACACAAUCACCCACAUCGUCCACGACUCGGAUCUCCUCUAUUGGUCUAGUCGCAGCGAUUUAUCUUCUUCUGGCGACACAGAUAUGCAGCGCAGCUUAUUACGGAAAGCUUAUUGGCAAGCUGUCGGAACUUCAUCACGGCGUCAGCGGUGAAGUUUACGCGGUGGACGGGCGAACUCUGUUCAUCAAGGACUUCACGUACGACGGCGAAGCACCAACCGCUUACUUUUACGUCGGUACAUCGAAGAGUCCUAAUGGAAACGGAAUCAGGCUCCGGGACGAGCGUGGAUCAUCGAACACGCUGAAGCGGUAUCGUAGGAAGGACAUCACGCUCACAUUACCCGAUGGCAAGACGCUGAGCAACGUGAAGUGGUUCGCCGUGUGGUGCGACGAAUUCUCCGUUAACUUUGGUGACGUCAGAAUACCACGAGGAUUCGAUUACCCAAAACCUCAAAAAUUGGCAGCUCUGAACGGAGUACACGGAGUAAGCUCCGAACCAAUCGUCGUCGUCGAUGCGCAAACCCUCUUGAUACCAAGCUUCAGCUAUGAUGGCGAGGCGCCUGAUGCGAAAUUUUGGGUGGGAGCUGGACCAUCGCCGUCGCCGCAAGGUAUUCGCGUACCAGACGAGAACGGAAAGGAGCAGCCACUACGUCGAUACGAUCGCAAAGCCAUCGUGCUGACGUUGCCCGGGGAUCUAACGAUCCACCAGAUCGGCCACUUCGGCGUCUGGUGUGAGGCGUUUACCGUGGACUUCGGCCAUGUACAAAUUCCGCAAGGUCUUAACGUGCCACCGUCCCUAAAGAUGCUCGGAGUUUCGCCGCAGAACGUGCAUCGCGGAGGGCAGGGACAGACGCUCGGUCUGACAAAUCUGUACGAGCUGUCUACUUCGGCGUCGUCGUCGUCACCGGCUUCUCCGUCUCUUUCUCCUUCCCUCGCGAACGCGUUGCUUACUCAGCAGCAAUACCAACAACCGACAACCUACCGGCCGAUCCUCCGCCGAGAAGAUCAGGUCCAAGUGGUCCAGGCGAUCGACUAUCGAAUACCAAAGAGCUUGCAGACCCAAGAACCACUCGCGCAGCAGCUUCACCGGCAUCAAUCCGCCUCUUAUCCGACACCGGUCGGAAGAUCGACCGCGAUUGUUCAGUACGGCGACGACGUCACGAAUCUAGACGAUGCCACGUAUCAGGAACAGUAUAGAUCCGGUCAGCCUUCUGUCGAAACGGUCGCAACUCAGCCUGUAAUACGUUCGAGAUCGCAUAGCCAACCACCUAGCGAGCCCCAACCAAAUUCUCACGCGAGAUUUUUACGGUUCCAAGGUGACAGAAGGGUAGACUCUUUCGUUCGUUAUUGAUGGAUAUUUAAAGAUAUUAUAAAACUGCGUUCUCCUUGAAGAUACAACGAGGAACUUGUUAUUGAUGAUCCAUGUUUCUUGAAGAAGUUGAAGUUUAUUGUCUCUCGGUGACUCUUCACAUUUUCGUUGCCAUUAACGAAUACUGCUGCUGUUUGUGUCUUAUCUGUGUCCGUACACUAAAGCCGCGUUUACAUCAGACGACCAUUGAAAUGACCAGGUCGUUUCGACUCGAUCGACAUUGCGUUUACAUCGAUUCAAUCGUUCGACCAAAAGUUGCUUCGUGUAAACGAGGUUUAAGGAUGGAAAAAAAUAAGAGAAACGCUCGUGAAUAACUUGUAGUAUGGAACAAAUAUCGCUUCACAAUCGAGACAAAAUGCAGAUAUUCCGCUGAUUAUGUUGCUUCAAUGUAGACAAAAUGUUGAUACGUGUUGAGUACUGUUUGGAACAAACAACAACAGGGGGCAACGAUUGUUGUUGCUUCAACGAGGACGCAGUUUAGCUCGUUUGGCGACGUCCGCUGCUCUCGGACAGCUCGAAGAUUCCUUGUGCGGGGAUGUUUGUUUCCCAUCGAAGGGAGAUCAGUUUCUUCGCAAUAGAAAUCCUCGAAUUGUCUUCGAUUCCUUAGUAGAUUAGUCGUUCAACUCGAAAAAGCUCCGAUCAACAGCAUUCGAUCCAAGAUACACUUGGUCCAGCUUGCAUCGUAAACUCGUACCUUCCUAAGAGCUAAGACAAGAGCAUAGCGAAUGAUUUAUCGCGGUAACGGUAAACCAAUCGUAAAUCAGACUGCCUAACAGAACUCGGUCAAACUCGCGUUUCGACAAAUUAGCGAAAGUUCUGUAAGCUGGCCACCAAGCGUUUACCGACGAUCAUUCGUUUCGUUUCACCGUGGAAACCUCAGGUGGCACAGCUGGGAUAAUAUUAGCCGGAGGCUCAUUCGUAAAGUUUCACAGUCGCGUACAACCACUUUGGCGAAGUUUCACACGAGAGAGCAGGAGAAGAGGGGCACGGGACGAUGACUCUAGCUUCUUUAUUUAUUUAACAACACGCGCCGGCAAUGUAUUAGACGAGGAAUCUCUGAACAUCGGUUUACACUUUGUACAGCCGCUUGUAGUAACGUAUACACGCGCUUGUAAAUCGUACACAUUUGCAGACACUUGCACCGACAGAAACAUCUUGCAUACGAGCGAAACGCUUAAACAGAGUGAAUCGUAUCGAAGCGCAAUUAGACAUAUUUUUAUUAGCGUACUUUUGCUUAUAAUACCUUAUAAUACCUUAACAGUUCGGCAAAUUCAACGAAAUCUGCCCAAAGUACCUAUUUGUUUUUGGUUUCAUCAGCUGCUUGGACGUGUCAUUUUAAGAUAAAACAAUAAAAGUCAGGUGGAAAUCUAUGAUCAAAGAUCACAAAGAAAAUACCUGAUAAAUACAUCUCUCGUUGAUUUUUUAAAUUUUAACGUCACUAUAUAAUUAAGAAAAAGUAUUUAACAAAAAAGGUUUGUUAGAUGCAGAGAUGUACUUUCCGAAAAAUAGCUGAUAGUCUGACACGUGUUCGUAUCUCGUAAUCAAAUAUGACAAAAGCGUGCAAACUUUUCCAUGUCAUAUACCUGUAUACAAAGACAUAAGUUCGUAACACCUAUGGUCUGAAUGGCUAGCAUCCAUCAGACUUAUCCAUAAUUGAACCAUUUUCUAAAAUUUGUUAAAUAUCCGUGUCAAGGCACUUGAUCGAUGCUCAUCUUGUACAAAGCGGCUAAAUUAAUCAACGGCUCGAUUGUCACAGGCUAAACUGUUAAGGGAUUAAUUUAGUAUUAUUUUUACAUAAAGACUACGUUCCAAGAGAAAAAUAUAAGAUUUUGCAAAGUUACACAUCGUUUCAUAAGACGAACAAAGAGAAAACUUUUCUAAAUUUCUCGCUCGUUGAUGAAAAAUAAAUUUACCUUGUGUGGGAGUAACGUGAUGAAGCAUCUAUGUAGGCGCAGACCAUGUCCCACGGACACAUACCUACGAGACACGGCUUUAAUCUCUCGAAUCCGCUUUAGAAUUCUAUUCUAAGAGACGUACGAUCUCGCUCCCGUAGAAGUGGAUGCGUCGCGUUCUCCUCGAACAAUACGAGUCGCCAUAAUUCACGCUUUGCUGUCUCCCUUCCGAGUCCGUAUGAAACAUGUGUCGAUAUUAGUGACAUUUGGAUAUCGGUUUGUCUCUCGGCUCAUCUGCGUGCGCUACACGAACACAUCGCGUAGAAGCGUGGAAACCAUCGGAAGAAGAUUCACUAUAUUCGAGACUUGGAAUAAACCUUCAAGGCUACGAAUUCUUAUCGACAGCCUUAACCCUUUCGUGCGUUUUGUGUAACACCGUAAGAACGAUGAAAGAAUAAGAAACAGAGAUGGGUCGCUAGAAACCUGAAAACCCCUCGAAAUUCGAAACCAUGUGCCAUUUUCCGUGAUUCGAAACUCUCAAAACCCAGGUAAACGAUAAUUCGCCUAAAUAACUUGUGAAAGCAUUAUUUGAAUUCGAUUGAGUUUGUGUUUAAAUACAUGGACUCAUAUCGGGAAAAGAUAAUUUGCAUUUCUCGGGAAGACUUUUCAAGACUUUUAUUUCCUGCAAGUAAGAUAGGCAAGAUAGAUAUUUCUUAGGAAAAAAUGAAAAAAGAUAAAUAUUCCGGGUUACAAGAGUUUCGCGUUUCGAGAGUUUCGAGACCUCGCAGAGUUUCAGAUCCGAAUCACGCGGAUCUAGAAAUCAGGUUUCGGCCCAUCUCUAAUAAAAAAUAUUAGCGAUAAGAUAUAAGUUUGCGAAUGAAUGGCAUGUUUGGAUUGUACAAUAAGUUUGUUCGUCGUGGUUAAAGACCAUCGAUUUAGAGUAUAAGUAUUAAGAAGAAGAGAUAUUAUUUUUGUAAAAGCCGAGCGUGUAAGGACAGAGAACGAUGGUUAUUCGACUGUGAUACAAGGGUUAAUUAUUUUUAUCUUCGCGGUCCGAGAGGAGGCGCGCGUUAUUCCAAGAGACGGAGGACAUAUCGCUCGGAAAUAAAGCUGAGGAAAUCCCCUUCCUACCUAGGCCAGUUCUUCUUUAUAAGUACAGAAGCUUAUAUCGCGCAUAUGCCUAUUUACCAGAUAUAGAUUAUAUUUACACGCACCGAAUGAUAUUACUUUUCUAUCAACCUUUUUUUGUACGUUUUUACUUGAGAUUAAUGCGAAUAAACGUAUUACUUUCUUGACAAUCGAA